AUGGCAAUGCAACGUGCUGCUCGUGGAAGACCAAGCGCUCCUACAAGCAUAGUCGAAGAAAUUAUUCCGAUUGACGCGGUUUUGCAGGAACAUUGGCGUUUAUUAAAUUUAGGGUUUAGCAUUCUACAACCAAUGUCUACUUUACAGUGGUUAACUAAAUGCAGAUUGAUAAAAAACAGAGUGUAUUGCGAAAACUGCAACACACAGUUUGGUUUAAAUGCCUAUCAAGAUGCAGAGGAUGGUUUCCGGUGGAAGUGCAAAGGGUGCAACAAGCGCAAAAGUGUAAGAGAUGGUUCCUUUUUUAGCGAAACAAACUUUUGCAGAGAUGUUUGCGAAGUUGAUUUGGAAACAAAUCCGUCCGUUAUUGGAGGAAUCAAUGCUGAUGGGACACCAAUUGUUGUUGAAAUUGACGAGUCCAAAUUUUUUCAUCGAAAAUACCAUCGUGGUCAAUGGCGCCCAGGUCAUUGGGUGUUUGGCGGUAUAGAGAAGGAGUCUCGAAAAUGUUUUUUGGUUGAAGUUCCAGAUCAAACUGCGGUAACUCUCCAAAAUUGUAUAUUGCAGUUUAUUUUGUCUGGUUCACAUAUCGUUUCGGAUGGAUAGGCAUCUUAUGCUGGAUUAGAAAACCUACAUAAUGGAAUAUGUUCCCACGCAGUUGUCAUCCAUGAACGGAAUUUUGUAGACCCUCUUGAUAACGACACACAGACCUGGAUGCGUGCUAAACGAAAAUUGCGCCAGCAGUUUGGAACACACGAAGAUUUGUUCACAUCCCAUAUCCACGAGUUUAUGUGGCGUCAACGGUAUAAAGAUGUUCCAAUUUUUUCAGCAUUUCUUUCGUGCGUAUCCCGUCAGUACCCUUUGUAACUGAUCAAUAA